AUGAGGAAGCUAGAGCUAGAUGGCAUAGGUGAACAGUUGACAUAUAUGUCAAUAGUUACUAUUGACUGGUAUAGAGCUGACGGUAAGUGUCAAAAACUAAUUGUAACUUCAGUGGACAAUGGUCCAUUACAGAAUUUGAUUAACUGUGCAAAUGCGUAUGAAAUGUGGGAAAAACUUCUCGCUAUUCAUGAACCAAAAUUCAAAACAAGUAUACAUUUGUUUCAACAGAAAUUUUUCAGUUAUUCACUGGAGGCGACUGAUGAUAUGUCGACUCAUAUUGCCAAAGUAGCAAAUUCGGGAAUGAGACUGAAGCAAUUAGAGGAACCAGUAACCGACAAUAUGGUUAUGACGAAAAUAUUAAUGGCUUUACCUGAUAUGUAUAAUCAUUUUUACAGUGCUUGGGACUCUAUCCCAGCAGUUGAUAAAACAAUUAAUAAUUUAACAAGUAGAUUAUUAAUUGAAGAAUCAAGGCUACAACAAAGAAAUUGGUCAGUAAUGGAAAAUCAAAAAUCAAUAGAACUAACGGAAAAUAAUCCAAAGAAGGAUUGGAAAUCUGGAAAUAAAAAUAAAGCUACUAGAAAACCAGUAAUUGCUAUUUUUGUAAAUUACCAGGGCAUUGGAAAAUGCAAUUCAGAAAAUACUUAA